CUUACUAGGGUUUUUACUUCGCUUCCUUUCGCACGCGUUUCCUUAAUACCCAUUCUGAAUCUACUCAGCGACGUCGAAGCUCAGGGAUAGAGCGCUAGGAACGUUGUAUCUACUUAUCAGGGCAGCACGUCUCCGGUGCUCCUUGGCUGCACGACUAAGAUGAAAUCAAGCUGAGUGCCACUACUUCUCUAACGGUGUAGUAGAAUUUUGAGUUGCGCCCGCACCGACCAUGAGUCUGGUGGUUUUCAUCAUGCUGUGGAUAUGAAAGAAAAUAGACCUCCUGCUCCCGGAACCGGAUCCUGAAGUAGGACGGCCUUCAUCUUCAUCUGCUCUACUUCGUGAAGACAGACUGUUUUCGUCACGGUCAAGGACGAUUUCAUCCUCGCCGCGUGGUACUUCUUCACCAUCAAAAGCCCACGACCAUGCUUAAGAAGAUGCACAAUAUCUUCCGCCUCCCCUUCCUCGCCCUGCUCCUGCCCCAUGCGGUCCAGGCGGGUAACCCGGCCCUGGCUCUGGUAGACCAUGCCAACCAGGUGUUGAUGCUGGUGAUCGUCUAUCCAGUGCAAAUCUGUCUGGGUCUGGACGGAUGCAACUUGUGAUGCUAUCUUUGGAUUCGAAAAAAAUCUGUAUUGCAUGACAGGCGAGACGAGGAGUCCAGGGUGUGCUACGUAGAGGGGGCAUUUUUCAUGCGUAAAGGGCAUCAGAAAGCCCUUUAAAAAUCUGUGAUACUAGGUCAUGCAUUACAGGCGUCAUGGGUCGUGCCAAAUAUGCAUGACAAGCCUGGCAAUCUUCCAGACCCAGACAUAUUUGCAAUGCAUAUCGUCGUGCUGCUGGGAAUCUUGGCGUUCAAAUACAAGGACCGCGUCAUUUGUGCAAGGAAAAAACUGUGUUAGUGAUAGUUACUGUAAAUCUGUAAUGCAAAAAAUGCACACCAGAGUUCUGAGUUCAGUUGACACGUGUUAUUAUCAUGCCCGAUAGAUACCAGUAGAACUAGAAGUGAUGAGCGGAGACUACGUGUGCUGAUAGAGCAUGCAUCUUGUUUUGCUUUUAUGCAAAGCGCGUUGGAAUAAAUGGAAUUUGUGAUGCUGCUGAUCAUUAAAAUUAAAAGGAAAAACCAGUUACACCAACACAAUUUUUUCCUGGAUACUCGUUUUCUUUUCACGGGCGACGACCGGCUCCACGGAAACACGCUGGACGGCAUCUGGUGGGGCUGCGCCCGCUGCUUCGGCGCCUGCGACGGCACGUGGUCGUAUUGUGAGGAAAAAUCCCCCCUCCCCACAUAUUGAAAGCGCACGCUUCUAAAAAUUUGUGAUGCAGAUGUGUGACCACACCCUCUGUGUUGCAAGAAGGCGAACCCAGAGAGUCCGCCGCAUUAUGCAGGCUGUUUGUGAGGCUGUUGGGCUUACAGCCUAGACGUUUGGCAUGCUAGGCAACUACGUCAAAACCUCUCGAGUCAGGCUUGGCAUAUGGUGCCUGCAGUCCUCUACUGCAAGACGAUCUGACUUGUGUACGGAAAUCCAGCAUCAGCAACUUCGUUUCGAUAUGGGGAGGGGGGAUUUUUCCUGUUGAUAGGUCGAUCCACGUGUUCGGCUUCAACGUGAAAAAGAAAAUCGGCCAGUCCCUCGGCCUGGUCUCCAUCCCGCUGAAGAUCAGCAAUAUCCGGGCGGGGGAUCUCCCCUUCAAGGGCGGCGCGACGGGCGAUUUUUACCUGAUGUGCGAGUGCGGGUCCCACCCACCCAUGAUCACCUCGGUGCAGGAAAACGCCAGCCCGAAGGUGAUAUCAAGUGUAAAAGUGUCUGGCUCUGGAAGAGUUGGAACUUGCCAUGCGGAUUCUGGAAUGGGCAAAAAUUUAUAUUGCAUAAGCACCAAAAGCUUCUUGCUACGCAAACAGGGAAUUUCUCAUGCGGAAUAGACAUCAGGAGGCCUGCGCAAAAUCUGUAAAUGCUUUUGCGUGCAUUAGAGACCAGUUGCGUGAUCCAGAAGAUGCAUGACAAACUCCUGCAAUCUUCGAGACCCAGACACUUUUGCAUUUGAUAGGUGAUCACGUUUCCGGAGGAGCUGGUGCUGCGAAUUCGGGACAGCCAGAUGGAGGACAAGGUGCGGUUUGUGGUGAAGGAGGAAAAUUUCUUCGGCUCGGAUAUGACUUGUUCAAGCGUUACAAUCUCAAACGUUACAAUAGAAUCUGGAAUUUGUGUUGCAUGGUGAGUAUGACAGACUCGCAGACCGUUCCACUUUCUGCAAUACAAAUUUCGCCAGAUUGUAGGGCGGUUUGGGGCUCCGGAACUUGUGAUGCGCAAUCCUAUGCGAGUUGACUAGAAGAUCAUGCACUCUUGCAUCACAGAUUUCCAUAUUCUAUUGUGACGUUUGAGAUUGUAACACCUGAGCGGGUUAUAUCGGAAGAGGUCGCCGAACUGGUAAUCUCCGCGUCGGAUAUCAAAUGGGAAAAAAACCACGCCUUGUUGCAACAUUGGUUCUUUCCUACAAAUAAAUCCUCUUGUUUGCCAUGGAUACGGAUAGAUGGAGUCAGUCUAAAGAACUUUGCGUCCUCGUGAAGGUGUGCACAUGCAAGCGGGCCGUGUUUGUACUGCGUUCUUGCACUGCCACUGUCUACGUAAAACUUAUUGGAUAAUAAAGCGCGCGCAACAUCAUCAAUCUGACCAGCGUUUAGCUUUAUUGACUUUGCAGUUUUAGCAUGUAGUACAACUUUGCCGUUGCUUGGUACACUGCCGGGGUUUACAACGGUCGCAGGAUUUAUGUUGCAGCAAAUCCCAUCUUUUUUCCCCCGAUACCGGAUGUUUUCAAUCUGAUCUACGACCACGAGGCCAACCACCCCGGAAAGCCGAUAAUAAAACGGUUCAAGAUGGAGCCUUCAGGUACUUACUUAUUUAUUUAUAGAUACGAGGUUGCAUCCAGCCUCCACAAAAAAGAUAGAAACUCCAAUUCGUUUUCUUGAUUUCUCAUGCUAUGAAAACAAAAUUUCUAAAGAUCGCAACAACGACUACGAAACGCCGGCUUGGCUGAUUCUAGAGUUUUCGCAGGAUUUCGAUUCUGCACUCCGUAUCGAUCAUGAAGAAGCUAGCGUAGGAGCGAUUUUUUUUGCUACCACCCUAUGCAGAAAUGAAAAUUUGUCGUAUCCGCUUCCGCAUGAUCCCGCCGCGAAAAGGUCUCUCACGCGCUUACACAAGAGCCGCCUCCCGAGGGCCGGUCUACUCAGAGUGAUGAAAUUUUUGAUUUUUGUGUGGAUCCACUAAACAUAUAAACGCUUGUCGUGCUAGCUUUUUCCCACCGGAUUUUGCGUAAAGUGUCCGAGGAGCCGGCGCACCGUGCAACUGUGACGCUGAUGGACCGGGGCACUGGGAUCUACCGCGACUACGAUCCUUCCGAGCUGAAGGAGCAGCCGGAGUUCCAGCUAAUCGACACGCAGGGCCGGGCGGUCACCGAGCCCGCCGAACACAUGCUGCAGGAGAUACGCGCUAUCCUCUGGGGGAAAAUAAAGUAUUGUUGAAGGCGCCGGCGUAUACAUGAUGCGUACAAGAAUUGCAAGAGCGUACUUGGCCUUUACUGAUGCAGCAGCGCAUCAGGCGACAAGGCACAGCACUGUCUACAUCAUUUUGGAUGUUGGAAAACAGUUCUGCGGCUAGAUUUGGCUCUCUUGUGUGCGCGGCGGGAAGAAGGUACAACAUUUUUUACACUGCAUACACCCGAUGCGAUCAAAAUUCCGUUUUCGCCGAAGAAUAGUGGCCGCCACAAUCAUUCUCAUCAUCGUGGGUUACGCUGGGCUCAGGUACAGUUCUAUGAAUCGAUUUUUUUAUUCGGUCGCUUUUCGUUUUCUCGGCCAUCCCCAAGGUAGCGAAAAAAAAAGAAGAAAAAAAGGUUCUACGUCUGGUCGUGUUACCGCCAGUUCAAGGUGCUGGAAAUGGGUAUGCGUCGUAAAUAUGUCUGGGUCGGAAACAAGAUUGCAAGAUUUGUUGUGCCUGUCUGACAUGGCUCGGAGGUUCGUUGUGAUGCCUGUGCACGAAGGAAAGCACGCGUCAUUCGUUUUCUGUCAUGCAAACUGAUGCAAUUUCCUGUGCGGAAUGCGCAAGGGCAAGACCCAAGGCCGAACUUCUUAUGCUUCGCUGCCUUUAGCACGCGCUCAUCUUCAUUCACGUCCUUGUACUUAUUGAAAGUGUCCAGACCCGGACAUAUUUGCGGUUGAUAGUGUGUGUGCUGUCAGACAAGAAGUUCCCCAUGACGGCGGCGGAAAUGAAAGAAGUACUUACUUACGAGGUUUUCACUGUUUUGAGUAGUUGAAAAAAUCCACUUCCACAAGAAAACCACGAGGCAACUGUGGUGAGUGUGAGCAUCGUUGUCGUGUGUGGAAAAAACCUUCGAGAAAUAUAUAAACCACACGCAGUAUGGAAACGUCAGGUUUGAAAUCGUCAAAGUUGAAAUAAUUUGUAAUGCAUAAAAUGCAUGACCCGAGGUACGUGCGUUGCAGAGCAGGCAAGUGAGGCCGAUUGUAAGCCUGUUUGGGGUUACAGCUCGAGCUGCUAAAGUAGCAUGAGAAAAUCGCUCUUCUUUGCCUAAACAGCACGACAAACUGGAUUUAAGGGCCGCCAAGAUUUGUCAUGCGCCACUUGGAAACUGGGUUCCAACUGGCAUCCAUUUGAUGCAUGACAAAUUAUUUCAACUUUGUCGAUUUCAACUCUGACACAUCCACACCCAGCUCCGGCAAGACUGCUCGACCAUGACCACACCGGAAUGCGUAUCCCAGAGAAAAAAGCUGGCAGGGCAUGUUUGUAAUGCCAAAAUAAAUACACAGAAAAACUUCUCAUGGGUGGCCCUAUAGCAUGCUGUUUCGGAUAUGCAAUGCAGAUUUUUUGUGUAUUUCUUUUUGCAUUACAAAUAUGCCCCUCCCGCUUUUUUCUGUGUGAUAAUGCGAGCCGAGCGAAGACCAAGUCCUGCAGACGUGUAUGGCUCCGCCGGUAGGCCAAGCGCGGCCCCAUAUGCAUUGCAAAAGCAUCGUACCAGUAGGAAUUGCAAAUGCAAGUAGUAUUCUAUUAUACAAAUUAGCUCAGCAUGCAAUAACAGAGGGAAUUUAAGUAUUUGUCAUGCUUGGAAAAAAGAUGAUUUGUGGUGCAUAACUGGGACACGAUCACUACAAGAACGAUACUCUUGCACUGGAUACCCCGGGCGUUCCAUCAACUUUGGCACGACUUGCUGGGAUUGGACGUGUCCGCGGCCCUGACGCUGCCCUGCUUCCACGGGGUCUGCAAGCUACGCUCGAAGCUACGCAUUGUAAAUAUCGAUCUGUGUCUGGAAUAAACUUGUGUUGCUGAAGAUACUCGCGCCGCGGAGUAGUCGCUUGUAUGGACGAAUAAUCGCAUGAUCACAAGUUUUGCGAGGCUCAUUCCGAGAUUGAUUCGUCAUGCGCAUAAAAAAGUAGGUUCCGGCGAGGCAAAAAAGCGAGCGAGACUUCUUUUCAUCCAUCACAGAAGAUGUUGCUGUCCUUGAAAUCUUGCAUGAGAAAUUUACACCCAGAUGACUACAGAUUCGCAAUGCAUAUAAUCUGGCGGAGUACGAUUUUCAGGCUGUUUUGAUUGUGGUCGGCCUGAUUUUCGGUGCGGUGCUCUACAACGAUAUCGUCAAGCAGCAAAUGCUAUCGGAUAGAUGCAAAAGUCCUUUUGGUGUCGUUGCAUGACAGACUUCCAGUCUUUUACGUCGUUUCUGCAUAAUGGCACAUCCUGCUAUGAACAAAAACAUUUGUACUUUUGCACUGCAUAGACCCGUAACAAGCAGCACGAAAUGGUGACCGCCAUGUCGCCAGGGCACUCGCCCAUGCUAUCGCACGAAAAAAGUGUCUUGAGCGUGUGAUCAUGCGGGGGAAGUUAGAUCGCACAACAGCAUAGAACUUGGAACAGCUCUGGUCUUUACCAAAAAGUUCUUAUGCAGUGCCUGUUUUAAAUAACAAUGAUGAUGAUCACAGGAGGAGAAAAAUCUCUUAUUUUUUUUCGUGCGAUACCGAAACCGAAUGCAGCAAUCUAUGGUGGUCAAUUCCUACGGCGGCGGUCUUAUCCUUUAUAAAAACGUCCCCACCUCCCCAUGGUCAAGUCGGAACCUUUGCGAACACAAAUCCAGAAGUUUUGGGAGUCACGCAUGACAAGUUUUGCACUGUAAUACUGUAGUGCAGGAUAGCAAGAAAAGCCGCAUCACAAAUCCAUCCCCUUUUCCUGUUUGCAGAAUUACAAAUUUCGAAACUGCACGACGGACGAGAGACGCCACUUGUGUGGAUGCGCACUAGCAACGUUCCUGUGCGCCGUGGAAAUCUGCAUGACACCUACUAUGGUCGUGUGGGGACGUCUUUACACAGGAGACGCCUGGACGGCUACGGUGGCUAUGCGGGUGGUCCAGAGACGUCCAAGACCAAUCAGAAAGUGGUUUACAGUCCCGUGCUAUCCAAGGAAAAAAAUGUGCUUUUAUUUCAACAUUCCCUGAGUUUGACUUUGAUGCAUGAUUUUUUGCACGGCGUGGAAUAUUAAUCUCCGGUGUUUCCACGCCCAUGCGGCAGGUUGGUUUAACGCGACUGAGGACGUCGAUUAGGCGUGGUCAUGAUUCACCUGAUCCUCUCAGCUUUCCGCUCACAGUGCCUCGACGCACUGUGUCUUUUUUUGUGGCAGAUGUGAGUAGUAGAGAUUGUUUUCGGUAGAAAAGAAACCAACUUGUGGACUAGUAAAGUAAGGACAUAAAGAAAUACAUGCAGUCUUUUCCUUCGAUAAUCUCUACAGCAGCAGAUGGCCGCUGCGCAACGGAACCCAGGGAGCACACCAUUUUUGCCGCCCGCGGGGGGUGGGGCGUACAACUGAGGAUGAUCGUAAGUCUGCUUAGUACUUAUCUUAUGGACUCGCUUCAACAAGAAUAAAAGAAGAUUACAUUACGAGCGUGUCAGUAUAUAAUGAAAGUUCCACCUGUCUGAAUAAACCGCCAACACACUGGACUCCCGAUUGCAAUUUCGUUGCUGCGGGAGCAGCGCUGCACAUUUUCCACCAAACCGUCAGAGGAGUGCACUAAAGCGUCCCAGUUUCAACAGCUUCGAUUUCCAGUAGCUGUGGCCGACGUAAUACUUUUGCUCCUCUACUACUUACAAGAACGGCAGUUGUCACACAGGACUACGACAUCGAAUGCUUUGCAAGAUUUUUUAGACAGUGGCGGUCAAGUAAGUAGAAGACGCGACUUAGGCGGGGGCAUGAGCGAAACGAGAGUGGUCUUCAGAUGAAACGGAACAAAAAAUGCGUACAACAUUUUGUCCACCGCGACCUCCAGCUCCAGCAGCAGAGCUGUUGAACUUGUUGAUCAGCAUGUUCGAGGAUUUGGGCAUUUGAGCAGGCUCAACAAAUGAAACCGGAUGCACUUGAUUGCCGUUGAAUAUACUUUCAUCUUUGCAUUGAAUUCAUCGGCAGAAAAGGAAAGAGCGAGGGUGAGAAGAUCAAGGCAAAAUAAUGACAUCAAACAGCUAUCCUGCAAGAAACGGGAUAUUGAUUUGUUGCGUUUCUGUUGUGAUAUACCCCCUAAAUAAGGAGGAAAGUGCGUGCUGUGGAC